AUGUAUUAAUAAACAACUUUUAAAAAAAGCUUGUUACAGUCAGUGUUAAAAAUGGAGCUCGUACAGAGUAGAUCCAUUCAGGCAGAGCAGCAGGGUUUCCCGACCCUCAGCCUGAGCGGUACCAGGACCCACUGCUGUCUUUUCGCGGCUGAUGGAGUUGAAAUGACUCGGUGCCGAACUCUCAUCACGCGAGAUUUGCAGGCGGAAGGAACGAGAUGAGCCGAAGCGCCCGGAGGAGCCGACAAGAGCCGAAGACAAGCGCGCCAGUGAAGCCGGGAAGAUCCGAAGAUAACGUUGCCGGAAGGAGCCGAGAAGACCCGAAGUUAAAGCAAGAGUGCCGGAAGAAGCCGAGAAAACCCGAAGACGAGUGAGACUCCGUUGGAGACCUCGGUGUUUAAUUGGCCAGUUGAGAAGUGUGUGUCUAUAAGAUGGCCUCGGAGCAAGAUGAAUUGUUGGAAACUGCUGCCAGAGACCCAGACUGGUUCGGAGUAUCUGGUUGGGAACCUGUUUUUUCUGCUAUUAGGGCUGAAUUGCCUUCUAUUGACUCAGAUGAUACAUCCUUGUCAGACCGCGAGGAAGAAGAGCUGCAUAUCUUUCAGAGAGAAGAUAAUUACAUUAUUCCAGACCUAUUCAAAGAGCUGUUAGAUGAUGGGGAACUAAAUAGUGAGGCUGCAACACGACAGGUUUCCCCAAAGAAAGUAGAAAGUUUGGAACUCUCAGAGAGUUUGGCAUCCUGUCCUGAUUUAGGCAUUCCUACACCUGUCCAAACGGGCGACUCAGAUCAUUCUAUAAACUCCAGCAACCCAGACAUAGAGCAGCUGUGCCCAGAACCUCUAGAUGAUGUACAUAUAGAGUCUGAGGCUGAUAUUAAAGACUCGGAAAAAGAAGAUGAGCUCCAGCAUGGAUUGCACUCUAGAGUUACAACUAAGCCACAAAGUCACAGCAAGUAUGAUGUGCACCUCGGAGGUACAGGGAGUGAGCACCUAAGCAGCCCCACCUGCAGUUUAAAACCUGUGGAGCCAUCUUUGCAGUUUCUAGAGUGCCUAGAGCAGUGGGACCUGGAUGCUAUCCUUUGUCAGCUCAAGGAAGAGGAAGUUCAAGAAAGGAAAAUGCCCCCUUUAUUACUUUCCAUGGAAGAGUCUACAGAGAGACGGCAUCAAUGUAUAAUGGAGCAGCUGGUGAAGUUUGCUGCUCAGCAUUCGGAAGAGGUGUCCAGUGUUCCUCAACUACAAAGAAAGGAUAAAGAUGGCACUAACACAAAGAGUUCUUUUAGGCCACCUCCUAAUCGGAAAGGGUCCUUGCAAGACAAUGGGAAAGAUCUACAGUCCUUACCCACCAUCUAUAUAGAUCUAAGAACAACCAUUUCUAAGACAGGGUUAGAUCAGGUGCCCGGAAAUCCCACUCAAAGAAAUAAACAGAAAGAAAAAAGGCGUCUUAACAAAGCAGACCACACAGGAAAAAGUUUGCUCCUGCAGAAACGCCACAACAUUCAGAAUGGCUCACUUUCUGAUCCCAAUAUGCCAAACCCUGAGUCAGCCAUUAAAGAAAGCACGGAAUUGGGGACACCAACCCAGAGGAAACUAAGACUGAAGUCCAAGGCUGAUAUCAGCCCCAAGCGCCAGGAGGUGGAGGAGAGAGAAGAAAAAGACAGCAGAGAAGAGCCAGAGAAAGUGGAGGAAAUUAUCCAGUCGUUACCACCAAAAAGCCUUAUCAACUCCAGAGCUGAUGAGAUUGCCCAGAGGGAGAAGCAAGAAAAGGAGAAGAAGGCUCGUCUCAGGAUGCUGACACAGCUGGAAGGCCUCAAGCCAAGUAACACAGUAAAUGGCCGUCAACCAAUGGCUGAGGCAACACCCAUACUGUUCCAUCCGGAAGCCUCAUACAGUCCAAGUAUCGGCACAUUGCCAGACUUAGCUAGAAGUGGAGUAGAGACACUUCUUCUCACUAUAAGUUUGUCCAGCUGUGGGCAAGUUUUCAUUCCAGGACAGCAUGGUGCACGCUCUCCUUAUUCUUCUCUUUUUCUCGCCAACACCUUCCACUGCCUGCUGACUUGGCUUAUCUCUUUGGUGCCAGGCUUCAAUACUCAUGGUAUGGGCAAUGCCCCAUUUCAUGUACUCGGACUGCAGCAGGCUUGGCAGGAGGAAGGCCUGGCCUUAUAUGCCUGUUUAUCUCCACGGGAAAUGGCAACACAAAGCAGCCCUAAAAUCCGGAAACAUAAGGGUAAACAAGAUUUACGAGGGACUUCCAGUUUCUACCAGCAGGUGUCUUUGUUUCUAUCACACGACACCCUGCAGAGUGUUAUCUGGUGGAAUGAAGAUUUGGCAGAGCGUUUGCACGGAAAGCUCUUUCCACUCCCACUUGAAGUGCCAGCUGUGCGACUAAGCAGUAUUGCCACCCUGAAUUCUGCACCAGAGGCAGUGGAAAAAGUUUUCUCUUCAGCUUGCGGGUUUUACUGGCAGACGCUGGAAACAGAGGAGAAGAUCAAUCUACCUGCAUCUGAUACUCCCACAGACAGUGAGACAGAGGUGGUAUCUGUAAUAGUGUUUGAAAGGAUGCUGAGAGACCCAGUCGCAUUUCACCAUGCUCUGCACAUCAUCUUAACUGAAGGACUGGAUGUCUGUGGUGUAAGGCUACUCUAUCCGCAGGCAAAUGCUCUCCACUCAUAUAUAGACAAUGUUCCGUCAUCUUACAAUGGGGAAGAUGGGCAGACGCUCCCAAUAUUAGCUUUGGCAUUACGGGGAACACAAGCAGAACAAAUCUGGGCUGAAAUAGCUGGGCCCCUUGACCCACAGCUUGCCCGACUUACAGAUCAGUACUCACUUAAUGCAAUUUAUGGCUUCAAGAGGGGUGAACCCAUAAUACACUGGGCCCGAAAAUCAGGGCGUCUCCUACAGGAACUCAGUCUCUGGUUUGGGGGUAGAAUUCCUCCCAGUGGGACUGUCAAUAUUGGAUUCCAGAAUUCUUACAGUAGAAGCAAUCAACCCAGAUCUGCCAGCUUCACAUGUCAGAGCGCCUCAGAAAAAGAAAUUACUGUGUUUCACAGUACAGAUCGGUGCCGACCUCCUGCCUUGCUCACAGCCAGCACUCUGGGGGAUGUGUUUCUGGUUGUGUCCCCCGCUGUCCCUUCUGCAGCAUAUGGAGAUGUUAUAGACGUAUGUCUGCAUCGUGGAUUUACUCUUCAUGGUGUCCGUCGCCUGCGUCUGUCAGCUAAACGUGCUGCCAUGCUGAGCAUGUCGCCCACCCAGGUAUCAGUAUUUUGCCCUAACCUGCCCCACUCCCAAACCGAUGCUCAGCCACGCAUGCAGCACCCACAGCCACGCUUGCACUGCUUCCUGCUACUUCUCAGGAAAGAGAAUGCUGCACUCCACACCUCAGGACUCAUCCAAGCACUGAUGAAUGUACUGGCUGAACAAGGUCUCUUGGGGGCCAUUCAUGCAAGAUUCUCCUACAUAUGUGAAGUGGAUCCAUCCUUAUGUUUUCAUGUUGCACCUUACACUGACAACCUGCUGCAGGGCCUAGGUGGAAGUCUACAUGCAGAGCCUGACCUUAGCACUGUCCCCUUGGGCAUGAUGUCCUUACGGCCCUUUGCCUCCGACCCUGAGGAUGAACAAGUUGUUGUACUGACUAUGAGCGGCAGACAUACUUUAAGGAGGGCAGGGUACUUCUUGCGGAAAAUCCUGAGACCAGUUGUGAAGACGCUAGCAUCGAGCACAGGAUCUGUAUAUGAAGGAUUUGAAUUGUUGGGGCUGAAGUGGCUUCCCAGUCUGAGCCGGCUCCAGGCCAAAGAAAUCACUCCAUACGAAGUGGGAGACCAUCCAUGGAAACGGAGCAUUGAACACCUGAUCUCGAAUCCAGCCCUGCUGUGUGUCCUGCGCCGUUCCAAUGCCUUUGCUGCUUUAGAGCACACAAUCAAACAGCUAGCACCCACCUUAGGCACGGAGCACCCCCAGCUCAUCGCAUCUGCAACACCAGAAAUUGCUUUUCGACAGGCAGCCCUGAUAUUUACAGACCGCGAUCUUGUUUCCGAUCCAGAAAGUCGUUCGAGUCUGAUGUACAUGCCCCCAGCUGGGAUAAAUUGCAGAACUGAAGGUACAGAAGAUCGAAGGGGGAGAACAGAGUCCAUAUUUACGUACAUGCUCUCAGGUCCCCCAGUGCUCUACACAGUUUUGCUCCUCAAGCCGAGGAUCUGGAGUUCUGCCCUUGGGAAGAUCCUAUUUAAGGUUUAUCAACAAAAGUUCAUUCUGGUGGGGAUGAAACCAGUAUCUCUAACUACAGCGAUGUGCAGUCAGAUUCUACCUGAAGAUGUUAAGAAGAAUGAAGCCCUAUGCCUGGCUCACUGUGACUACCUUACUUCUGCCCCCUGCCUGGUUCUUUGCCUUCAGAGACAAGGCGCAGUGUUAAAGCUUUUGGAUUUAUUGGGUCCCGAGGAUCCAGGGCUGGGCAAAGCUCAAGACCAGUUCCUGUGGAGAGCUCAGUAUGGCACCAGUGCUGUGCAGAAUGGAAUGUACGGUUCCACUUCCUACCAGGCUGCCAUUCGUGACAUACAGACAUUUUUCCCCGAAGGCCUGCUCUUUGAAGAGUCUGCUGUACUCCAGGCUGAGCAGAUUCCAAGGCUGACUAGUGACAUACUGGUUAGUAGCCGAUCACAACGCCAGACAGCAAAGAACCCAGUGCGUAGAAUGGAUCUGCCAACUCUAGAUUUGCCCUUUACUAGUGCCCUCUGCCAGACAACCUGCCUACUGUUCCCAGCCCAUAUGCUCCGUGGCGCUUCCCCACCCUACAUCCGCACACUAGAACAGUUGAAAAGCAAAGAGUUCCAUAUCACAGCAGCACGGCUUACAGGGUUUGACCAAUCACAGGGCCAGCUUGUGGCAGACAUGUACAGCCCUGGGAAUUACUCAACUGCUAAGGUAAAGCUGCUGACAGAAGGGCCCUGCCUGGUAGUGGCCGCCCAGCGGGACAAUGCAGUCGCUUGCUUUCCAUCAUUAAUGAACAGUGCUGAUUGGCGCAAUGUGCCAGCGGAGACCCUUACUGAGGGAGUGCUCUACCCGCAGACUGAGUCCCAGGCCAACAAGAUGCUCAGCUGCUUCUUUGAUUCCCUGACCCCUGACAGCAUCCACCAAAUCCUGCCUUAGGCUCCAUGACAAUCGACGUAUACCUUGGUGAACGUCAGCAGAAGCCCCUUAAUGAGGGAUUCAGUGUGACCUUGCCAACCUAUAAAGGUGGAAAGCAUGAAGGACUUAACUUGGGAUGAGGCUGGGAAGCACAGAGAAAACCGAUCAAUUGCGGUAGAAAGGCCUCUGCCAAAGGCAUGGAAUGCUCCAGGCUAGACCAAGCAGCUCAUAGGGUGGGCCCUCAACUUUCUGUCAUUGUUUUGGAUGCAACAAGUUAGUUUCUGUAUUUUUUAUAAAGCAUUCCAAUACAUUAUAUCCAUGCCUCAUCCAUGGAUAGUUCUUAAAGCCUUAAUAGCUGUUAACGCAUUUUGCACUUAAUAUUUAUUUUUCAUCUGAUGUUUUGUUUCUGUUCUACAUGUGACAAUUUAUCUGAGCCCAACGUUCCCCCCCGCAGAACUGUUCUAUCAUCCCAGAUUCUGUUGCACACUACAUGAAGGUAGGGUGGCCAUACAAAUUCUUUUACACGUUCCUUUGUGAGAACCUCCCAUUGUGUCUGUUCCCCUGCAUUUCUUUUCAUUUCUUUUCUUGUACUUUAAAUGGUUCUUUAAAUGGGACACACUUGCGCACACAUGCUGUGAUCAAACGUUUCCCUUUAUAUGUUGCAUGACAAUACUCAUGGCUUUCCGGAUAAAUAGCAACUUCAGUUCUGCCGAUGGACCAAGUCAACAGCUCCAGAUGGGCCUACCCGACUGAUAUCUAGCUGAAAAUUGGCCAGAUGUUGAUCAGGCAGGUUUAAAAUUCAAGUCAGAACAAGGAGUGAUGUGGUCCCAAUGUCCUGUAUCUCUUCAAUGUGAUCCAAUCGUUUGGCCUGAUCAGACUUCAAGGUGUUAGGUUUGCUUACAAUUUCACGUUGUUGCAAGUUAAACUUUCCAAUGAUGAUUUUUCUUGCCUGCUCGCAGACAAGUGGGACUGACUCAGUGGUAGGAAAUAUAUAUCAAUGAAUAUGUGAGAAUGGAAAAUAUAUAUUCUGUUCAAUUCCAUGUGAAGUUAGCAUAUCCAUAGUCACGAUCAUUUAGGGUAGAAUGGAGCCCUGAAGAAGAGCUGUUCACUCAAUGGUCGGCUGCAAGUGUUUUCUACAAGAGGGGUGUUCGGCCUUUUUUAAUAUGUGGGCCUUAAGUUCGGAAUGGCUGGUUUUGUAGUUCUUGUUUUUGUGCAAUUACCUUGUCUAAAAUAAUUUAUUUUCACAAUUCUAAUUCUAUGAAGUUUUGUUUCAAACAA